UUUAGUGGAACACCAUCAAUGUUGUUGCGUUUGUGUUUUGAUAAAAAAAUAAAAAGUGGAGAGUAGACUUUCCAUGAACUUGCCGAGUUUGACUUCAUCUUGACUUGACACCAAAUCAGCGUUUAAAGCAUGGAUCUUGGGGGAAGGAUUAUCAUAAAUGUGUAUUCUGUUUGAGUGAAUCCUAUAACGAGUAGAGGAACUCCAUCACUUGUUCCUGCAAUAUCUUCUUCGACUUCAAGUUACUUUUGUUUAAAUGGAAAAUGACAUCUCUUCUAUUUUGGAGCUACUCAUUUCAUUACUAUGUGAAGGAAUACAUGAGAUUUUUCCCAGAAAAGUCAUCAAAAAAGUGGUUAUUGGGAAGGAGGAGUUGAUUUCAAAUCGAGAUCUUGUAAAGCUAAAAAUGGUUGAAGCUACAAACAGAACAGAAAAGGUCAAUGAUGAUGUUCUAGAGUGGCUAAAUGAUGCAGAGAAGUUCAUAGAAGAGGUGGAGGAGCUUGAAAUAGAAAUGGAGACUCACGAUCGGGCCGAUGCUUGUUUUGCACAACCACGUGUGCUUGGUGGUGAGAAGAAAUAUUGGUUGUACAAAGGAAUGCUAAAGAAAAUAAAGAGGUUGAAUGCCAAAUGUGAAUUUGAGCCAUUUUCCACCCCAAUUUCAGGUCUAGAGUACUUCUCUUCUGAAUAUUUUGUGUCUUUCAACUCUACUAAAGAGGCUUCAGAUCAACUUAUGAAAGCUCUAAAAGAUGAUAGUAACCAUAUCAUUGGAUUGUAUGGGAAGCGGGGCUCUGGCAAAACAAAAUUGGUAGAAGUAGUGGGUAAGAAAGCCAAAUGUUUAAUGGUUUUUAAUGAAGUUAUAUUUGCCACUGUGUCCCAAAAUGCAAAUAAUGUCCGAAGGAUUCAAGACCAAAUUGCUGACUCCUUGGAUCUGACAUUUGAAAGAUAUUCUGAAGCAGCUAGAGCAAGGACAAUAUCUUCAAAAAUUGAAAGUAAGGGUCGAGUUCUUGUUAUCUUAGAUGAUGUUCGGGAAAAACUUGAGCUUAAGGAUUUAGGUAUUCCUAUUAAUGGUAAUAGAUGCAAGGUCCUUUUGACCACACGUAGCCAACAAGAAUGUACCUUAAUGGAUUGUCAGAGAGAAAUUCCUCUGUGUCCCUUGUCUGAAGAGGAAGCUUGGGCUUUGCUAAAAAAACAUUCAGACAUUGAUGAUGAGUCCUCGUCCGACCUAUUAACCGUGGCACGAGAACUUGCUAAUGAAUGUCAAGGGUUACUUGGUACAAUUAAAGAUGUGGGAUCUUCCUUACAAUGUCAACCCAUUGAGGAGUGGAAAGCAUUAAUAGAUAGCUUGAGACAUUCGGCUCGCUACCAAAUCUUUCUCAGCUUUAGGGGAGAUGAUACUCGCUACUCUUUUACUGGUUCUCUCUAUGAUGCUCUGUGCCGAGAGGGAUUCAAGACCUUCAUGGAUGAUGGGGGAUUGGAGGGUGGCGACCAGAUUUCACAAACUCUUAUCACUGCAAUUGAAGCAUCAAGGCUUUCUAUUAUUGUUCUAUCUGAAAAUUAUGCAAAAUCCGCAUGGUGUCUUGAUGAACUUGUCAAGAUCGUGGAGUGUAUGAAGACAAAGAAUCAAUUAGUUUGGCCAAUCUUUUACAAGGUGGAACCAUCAGAUGUAAGAUAUCAGAAAAAUAGUUACGGAGAAGCCAUGGUUGCACAUGAAAAUAGAUUUGUGAAUGAUUCUGAGAAGAUUCAAAGAUGGAGGUUAGCUUUGUUUGAAGUUGCUGGCUUAUCUGGAAUGGCUUAUUGUAAUGGGUAUGAAUAUAAGUUUAUUCAAACAAUUGUGGAAAGGGCCAAGAAUAAUAAGAAUCGCUUGUAUCUACAAAGCACAUAUAUGGAGUAGAAGGUAGACUAAGUGUCGCACAAGAUAAUUUAUCACAAGUGUUUGCUAGCUCAAAAUCGGAUGGUGGUUCUAUUGUGUGUUAAGUAUGAGGAAGUAGUUUUGGACACUUUUCAUAUUCAGAAAUGGUUUAAAAAAUUUCGAGUGGUUUAUUUGUGAGAAUUGUGUCUGUUCUAAAAUAUCCAGGAGCUGUUAAUCUUGACUUGCUCUUUUAUAUGAUAAAUCCAGUUUAGAGGAUUCACUUGUAUUUUGGAUUCUUAUCUGAACAGGCAGUGAAAUCCAUGGUUAUGUUUAUAUGGUAAAUCUUAUAUAUUAUGACUUGAGGGGAUUUUCCCCAAUUUCAAUAUGAUUAGUCUUUUCCCCUU